AUGCCAGUUACGUAAUUGGGCCUCAGCGAAGUGACCCCGGAGGCUAAAAAUAUGGGACUAAUUCUGGGUUGCUUGAGUCGAGCUCUGUCCCCAGACCCCAUGAUAGCUCCCUCCACAUAAGUGCCACUCUCGUGUCCCAUAUUUUUUGCCAGCCAUGAUUGUAAACGUAUUGUUGACCAAGGACUCUAUUCUAAUAGGGACUACCUAGCAAAAGGCAAGAGGACCACCUUAUAGUGCACGGCCACGACUAAGCCUGAUCGAGAUUCGAAGCACCCCACGUUGGAUCGUGUCAUGUGUGCACGAAUGAAUGGCACGACAAUUUAAUUGAGAGACAAUGCAGUGCUUUCAGGAAAAUAUGCUUGGACUAUAGCAGACCUUUUGCGGACGAUGGGAGAACCGAAUAGUGGCACGGCUGAGCAUGGCCCAUAAGGAGACAACUCCAGUCCUCUGACUUUCACUUCGACGUACACCCUCCAGAUGAGUGAACCCUCAAGCUUCCCCACCACCCCCCGGUAUGAACACUCGCCCGAACGCCCGCCCGGAAUUGAACGCAUUUUCGGGGAACUUGAAGAAGCUUCGCCACCCAAUGUUCAUCGAGGUCGCACGCUGAUUCUCUGCUUUGAUGGGGUGGCAGAUGAGUUGGGUGAAAGGAAUACCAAUGUCGUUCACCUCUUCUCGUGCCUCGAGAAGUCCCACCCAAAUCAAUUACUAUACUAUCAGACCGGCAUUGGAACAUACACCACCACUGGCACUCAACUUGGCAAAUGGAUGUCUGAGAUCCUUGAUCAAGGCGCAGCACUGCACCUCAAGGAUCAUGUCUGUGGAGGGUAUCGUUUUCUGCAGUCCAACUGGAAAGAAGGAGACAAAAUCUGCUUUUUUGGCUUCUCCAGAGGGGCAUAUAUUGCCAGGGCUCUAGCCGGGAUGCUACAUACGGUCGGGCUUUUGCCGGCCUCGAUGCCUGAGCAAGUUGAGAUCGCCUACAAGCUUUACAAGGACUCAAAUAGAGACGCCACGAGUAGAGUAUCCAAACCUGGCUGGAAGUACAAACGAGACUUCUGUCGUGUCGUGAAGAUCGAUUUUCUUGGAGCAUGGGAUACUGUUUCGUCUGUUGGCAUCCUUGUUUCUCGCACGCUGCCCUUUUCCCAAAGCAACACUUCCGUGAUAGUGUUUAGGCAUGCGAUGGCUCUGGAUGAGAGACGAGCCAGAUUCAUACCUUUACCUUGGAGACUUUCAGGCAUAGUAAAAGAGCGCAGAAAUGAGGGGUGGGAACACCAUGCUUCAAACACCAGGGCCAUUAACUCCCCGGUCUCUUGGGCAGUUGGAUUCGGGGGUCUCGUUAUCAACAUUGUCUUCUCUUUGUUCAUCAAGUGGUGGUUAUGCCACAUAAUGGACCGUCUCGGAUACCACAGUGGCAAUGGGCCGAAGAGGGCACUUAUUCCAGAAGAGGGUUCCCCGCCGGACGUGAAAGAGGUCUGGUUUGCAGGUGGACACGGCGGUAUGGUAGCCUGCCUUCGUCCCACGUCCCCGUCUCAUUCCCCGAUCCUAGAUGUCGGCGGAGGAAACGAACUGGAUGACAAGCCCAGGAAUGAGUUUAGUGAUAAGGACGAAUCAAUGUACUCGCCCGCACUCGCAAACAUCCCCCUUCGCUGGAUGAUCCACGAACUGCAUAAGGCGAACAAGAAAUAUUGUCUCAAUGUUCGUUGGCGGCCUAUUCGACUGGCUCACUAUGGGGUCCUAUUGCCCGAAAUCCCUUAUACUAACGACGACCGUGACUUGUUCGGACGGCAUCCUACAACCUCAGCAGACAAGGCAGGUCUAGUUAUUGGCUCGUACCCUUCAUCGACAACGGACGGAUCCCGUUCUCCUGUUGAUGAGGUGUCGAAUCCCAACUCACCACCUCCAGACGUUGGGGAGUUCAUCUGGGAUGCGGCUGAGGAAGAACAAAAAAACCACCCUCGACGAGCAAAAUUCCUCCGGUACCGGGUGUUCAGCUCUGGCGUCAUAUAUGACCAAGACUUUGCCAAGAAGGAUUUGGCUGCACCAGCGUACGAUGAGUUGUGGAAGUGGGAUGAAUGUACAUUUGAUGGCAUCAUGUCCAUGCUCUUGUGGUGGUUCCUUGAGUUGACACCUUCGAUAAUCUCUGUGCAGAACAAGCACACGUUCUUGUGGGAGUCUAGGCUUCGCUUCAAUUUUUUCCGGCCACGCUAUAUUCCUCGAGGCACAACACCAGACGUAUAUGAAGGUACUACUCUUUCAGACAGUUGGGUGAAGUUCUUAGGGGCUCGCUCGAAGCCGCGUUACCACUGGUCUGUCCGUGAGCGUAUGAAAAUCAAACCUGACUACCGCCCCAGACCUUGGCGCGCCGAUGAAAAUAUCGAAGAAGACUGGAUUGAAGCUGCUUAUUAGUGUGCCUUUCUCCGUCUGAUUGGCCUUUCGCAUUAUGAACAGUUCUAAUCUAUAGCAGCGCUUAUAUGUUAGACUAUGACCCCGGAUUGGCGCUUGAC